CUUGUGAGAGAACCUUGUCGGUGAGGCAUGCACUUGGCUGCGCAAAAAUACCCCGGCCGGAUGGUUUCUCGCGGUUUACCGGGCUCCUCUGAACACGCCCCCGUGAAAUCCACGGAAGGGUUCUAGAAUCUUGGGCAGAGGGCUAGCCAUAUUAUUCCACAAUCCGCCAGCGUUUCGGCCGUGGAGAGGACAGAACCGCCAGGGGACAGCCCACUCGGGCUGUCGAACCAGAGGCGCCCAGAUUCGACAACACUGCGUUUGGCGCUCCGCCAGUCCGAGUCCGGCGGUAUAUCUCCAAAGACACUGGUAAAUCUCCAUGAGAUGCUGUUGGUCUUUUUUCUCAGACACUUGCAUGCAACAGCAAGGAGAUUGUUCCGAACUCUCGGCACUUACACUUCUCCGGUUGCACAGUACCUUGGCAGGCACAUUCCAUCUCCCUGUGGGAGAGAAGAAAAACCAGAUGCCCUAGUGGGCUGGCUAAAGCGCCAUCGGGGUGAUUGCUGCCGACAUGAUGGUGUCGCUCAGACGUGGAUUGCUGAAGAUUCCGAGGCGACGAAUACCUGGCAUUAUCACAUCUUCUACCCAAUCCCUUUGGGUCGUGUGACAGAACUUGAUUUGUUGGAGGGCAGAGAAACCAAAUCUUGCGGCCAGAAUCCCUUCUAUGGCAGGCAUUGCAUGCGACUUUGGGAAACUCCCCGAAGAACCAUAGCUUGCAGAUCGUGGUUGCCAGAGCGACACGGCCGUUUCUGUUCCUCAGGGUUUGAGGACACUGUUCGUGUAACUGAGACAACGUGGUCAGGCGCAAGCAACCGAGAUCCGUAUCUCCUCUCUCUCUCUCCGAGAGGUCUGGCACUAAACUUCGAUGGUCCGCCGAUGGCAGCAGAAACUCGGACAACGCCUCAUGCGUCUUCCCUUCCUCCUUGUCCAGCCUCAUUUCCGCGCUCGCGGAAAUGAGUUGACGGCCCACAUCCGCCCAAGAUCGGAGAAAUGAAUGUCAUGGCCUGAGAACCAAUCUCCUGCGCAAGCUAAGCCUGGUGGAUCUUAGAGGG